AUUACGUUCAGUAUCAUUAUUUAUCUAAAUAAUUUCUCUUUUAAUCCCCCGUAUCGAAUCGGCAUGGUUGAUAAAAGUUGAUCAAUUUUCGACAAAUUUUUAACUAGUUGAACUUUGAUAUCUGAUACCCUUUAGUUAAUUACUACAGUGAUAUUAACUCUUCUGUCAGCAUUAGAUUAAAUGAGAUUAGUUGUUAUUAUUUAUAAAGAAUUUUGACAGUUUAAAGUGGAUCUUGCUAUUAUAUAACUGCUUCGAUAUGAUAUAUUCAAUGUCAGAAAGCCCAAUUUCAUUAACAAGUUUUAUAUAUUGAACGUAACGUUGUUAUAUAAUACAAAAUCAUACCAGUGUAGGCUAGAAAUUCGGUCAGUAUUUAGCUGUAAAGGUGAUUCGUUUGGUCCAAGUUAUUUCAAAUAAUGGAAACAGUUUUACUAAUCGGGAGUGGCGGGAGAGAACAUGCUAUUGCCUGGAAGCUAUCACAAUCCCCCAAAGUGUCGAAGAUCUUUGUGGCCCCGGGAAACGUUGGAAUUUCCAAGUUGAACAAAGUCGAACUGGUUGAUCUAAAUGUUGAUGAUAAGGUGAGUUGGUUAAAGUAAAAAUCCAAUGAA